UCAGUCAUAAUCAUUGCUGAAGCAACUCGGAAGGAAUUAUUAGUUCUAUCCUAAUCGAACAGCAUUAUUUCUUUGGGCUUGGUCUGGUCUUUGGUUUCCAUGAUGCAGAUCUCAUUACCAGGGGCAUGAGACGCGCGUUUUCUCUGAACGACGUAAAACACGGCGGCCCCAAUAAGCACGACGACCCCAGACCCGAUCAAGAUCCAGUUGGUGAGGCUCAGGCCAGCAUACAACGACGACGUUGUUGUGGCUGUUGUGGUGGGAACGACCACAGGCUUGGGCUCAGGCGUGCGUUUGAAUUCAAGGCAUCCGCCGGUGGUGAAGUUUGCGAGAUAAGUCUUCUUGGUGGCUGGGUUGUAGCAGCACUCGUCCAUGGCACCUGGGCCCAUGUAGUGGAGGAAGCCGUCGCAGCAAUCCCACCGAUCCUGGGGAAUGUAACACAGACCUGCAGUGCCCGCGCUGUUGACGCACAAGAGCUCGUUUGGUUUACAUUGAGACGGCAUGGAUGCUGCGACGGCAGCAGACACUACGACAAUGACGGCAAGGAAUGGCGACGUCCACGCCAUGGAGACUUGGACUUCCAGGAAUGCCUUCACCGGCCACAGUCUGGCCGGUGAAUGCAACUUGCGAG